ACACGCCCCCUCCCUCGCCCCUCCCCUUCUGAGAUCGGCACCGGCGAUGGCGGCGGCUGAGGGAGCGGCGGAGGCCCUGCUGGAAGCCAUCUCCUCGGCCCACUUCCAGGAUCUGCUGCAGCGGCCCGACAGGUCUUUGAUGGUGGUUCAUUUUUGCCCGUGGGCCCCUCAGUGCGUUCAGAUGAAUAACGUCAUGACUGAGCUAGCAAAAGAGCAUCCGCAGGUAUGUUCUUAAAAGCUAAAAUCUGAAGCCGUGCCUGAAGUAUCGGAAAAACAUGAAAUUUCUUCUGUCCCGACGUUUCUUGUUUUUUAAGUGGCUACUGUCUGUUGACAGAAUUCCCAGAAAAUUGAUCUGGAUGGCGCUCAUGCGCCAGAGCUGACGAAAAAAGUCCAGCGACAUGCAUCUAGUUGACGCUUUCAUGCUUCGGCUGGUAAUGAAAAAGAGGACCUUAAUUCACGGCUGAAGAAACUGGUCAAUGCCGCACCCUGCAUGUUGUUUAUGAAGGGAACACCUCAGGAAGCUCGCUGCGGUUUCAGCAGACAAAUCAUAGAAAUUCUUAACAAACAUAAUGUGGUGUUUAGCAGCUUCGAUAUCUUUUCUGAUGAAGAAGUGCGCCAAGGUCUAAAAACAUACUCCAAUUGGCCUACAUAUCCACAGUUAUAUGUAAACGGAGAGCUUAUAGGCGGACUGGACAUUGUUAAGGAGCUUGAGGCUUCAGGCGAAUUGGAUACCGUCUGCCCCAAGGCACACAAAUUAGAAGAUAGGCUGAAAGAUUUGAUAAACAAGGCCCCUGUGAUGCUGUUCAUGAAAGGGAAUAAGCAAGAUGGCAAAGUGGGAUUCAGCAGCAGAUUAUAGAAAUUCAAAUAUACUGGUGUGGAUUACGAGACUUUUGACAUACUGGAGAAUGAAGAGGUAAGGCAAGGAUUAAAAAUACUCAACUGGCCAACCUACCCGCAGUUGUAUGUGAAAGGCGAACGUGGAGGCCUAGAUAUUGUUAAGGAACUAAAUGAAUCUGGUGAGUUAUCCUCUAUCCUGAAAGGAGAAAAUUGAUGCAAAUGGAAAUACAUUGAUCAAGACAACGGAAACGCAACAUCAUUAUUGACAUUUGCACUGGGAACAGGUUACGACAGAAAAAAACCAACGAACCAGAACACUGGUUUCUGACUUCCUUUUCAUAUCAGACCAUCCUAGAGAAGUAUGUAAAAUGUAGACCUUCAUGCAAACUGUAAACUUGUGAACAUCUUCAGAAUGAAUUAAAAGUGAAGUGCAAGCAU